GAUAUACCACGAGAUUUCCUAUUGUCCAGUUUAGAUGUUUAAAGCAGGACAGAAACUAGGGACAUAAACAUUUUCCCCAAUCCUAGAGGACUGAGAGGAGGAGCUCUAACCCGACCGUCUAAGAGAAGGAGAACUAACCCGACCGACUGCAGACUCCAGGAUUUAAGUCACGAUGGGACUUGUGGAACACAUUCAUCCUGCUUUGGCAGAAAUGGAUUAUCGUAAAGGGACUGUAAAAGCCGCCUUCAUUUUCGGUUCAUUUAUGUUUUUCGCCGUCCUGUACGUUCUGACGGGAACAGUUUCCAUGGCAACGUGGACUUACCGGAACUUACGUGAAAAAGAGAAGAUGUUUUGGAAGUUGGCGGUUGUCCGCGCGGUGUAUGGGAUUUUUUGCACUAUUGUCGGGAUGUGGGCGAUUUUCGUGGACACAGAGUUAGAGAAGGACCCCGUGUUCGCCACGUCCCCCACGAGUUAUUUCGCCCUAACCGUCACGGUCGGCUUCUUCGUGUUUGAAUGUAGCGCCAUCAUGGUGUCUGACAUUGUGUACAGAAAGGUGAGCAUUCUGUUAAACAUUCACCACUGGCUGUCUUUGUUUGGCUACACCACUCUGAUGCUCACGGAGGCUGCGCACUGCUUCGGAACAAAAGGACUGAUUCUAGAAAUGAGUACCCCUUUCUCGGCCAUCUGUUGGACCGUGCUGAAGGCGGGGAAAGCGGAUUCUUUGCUUUGGCGCGCUAACCAGUUUAUUCUGGUCCACACAUUUCACCUGCGUUCCGUGGUGGAGUGUUUUAUGUGGUACCUGACGUAUAUUCACUGGGAGCGGAUCUGGUCGGCCAUGCCGUUGUCCAUCUUCUCUUUCCUUUACAUUCAGCUGACACUUGUAACCUUUCUCAUGACGCCAUAUUGGACCUACAAGAAAACGCAGCAGAUGAUCACCCCCGUGGACUGGAACUUUGAAGACUCCGAGGCCAACAAAGCGCGAAACGGUGACGUCAAGAAGUCCGCGUGAUUUAUAGAAAACUUUAUUUCUCCACGGUAAUGCAGCCUGACAACUAAA